UUGGAGGUGCGCACUGCAAAAUGCUCUGUGCGGCGGAAUCGCCAACUCGAUACUCCAGCGCCGCUCGACGAGCCUCAGGGCGUGUGCUGGGGCGCCAGCGUGCGCGUGUCCACCGAUGCCCUUCGCUCCCCACGCGCUCGAGGCUCCCACAGUCCGGUCGAAGCCUGCGCUGCGUUGUCACCGGCUGCCGCGGCACACGCAUCGAGAGCCUGCCGCGGCCGAGUCGCCCGAGCUCGCGCCGGGUCGAUUCACAGGCCACUGAGCAGGAUGCUGGGCGGGACGACCCUCGGCGGGCCGGGCGCGAGCCUGCCCUCCCCCCCUCGUCGGGCAACGGCCCGAGGCGGCCGCCUGCAUCCGCGAGGGUGCUCCCGUGUAGAGGGUAGCACACGCACACGCGCAAAACAAAAGGAUAGUAUAGUUGAAGCGCGCUUCGGCUCGGAGCACGCUCGCGCCCGAGGGCAGGAGCGUGCUCGCGCGAACGGGCGGGAAUUAGAGCUGCACCGAGCAGGAGCUCCCGCUGCUGCACGCGGCAGCGUGGAACCGUGCCACGUGGCGAGGAGGGCGGGUCGGCACAGCCCGGAACCCGGCCCGCUCGGGCUGCGAAUUCGGGGCGGCGGCGGGGGAAGAUGAUGGCCCUCGCCAGAAGGCAGAGGAGGGGAGCAGGAGCGGGAGGACCACGAGGGGGGGAGGAGAACGACGUGACGACGAGCGACGAGGCCGCUGCCCCUCCCGCGCCACUCCUCCUCCUCUGGGCCGGGCCGGCGGCUCUCCGCGCCGCGGCCUCGGCCCUGUCGGCCAGCCAUAUACGUCUUCCCCCUCUUGAAACCAGGGGGGCGGGGGAGGGGGACUGCAGGCGGGCGGCGCACGCGCGGCUUGCCUCCUCUCCCGGCUCCCCCCCCCAAACAGAGGAGCGGCCGAGCAGGAGGACACGUGCCUCGCCCUUCCGUCGGCGGCGCGCCGAGGGGAGGAGUGAGGCAGGCCUCCCCAGGAGGCGGCGGGGCGGCUCGGAGGCACAUGCCACCGACUCUUGCCCGCCCUGGGCUCGCCGGCGCCACCGACACGCACGCGUGCACGCGUGCACGCGUGCACUCAGGCCUCCUCGCGGCGUCGUAGGAGCCGCCGCGCGGCCGGUCUGGGGGAGAGAGAGAGCGGGUCUGGACCUCAGGGGGUGGCCCACGCGGCGGCAAAAAAGGCACACGACGUCGGAGCUCCGGGUGCACCGCAGAAGGAGCGGAGGUGCGUACGACCUCUGCCACUCGCUCCUCGUCCGCGCCGCUCGACGGCCCAAUCGGCCACAACCAGGCGCAGAGCCUGCCGGCAGACUGCCAUCACACAAAUGUUGGCGGCCGACGAGCUGCGCUCGCUGUUCAAAGCGCGCCUCCCCAGGGUUGGGAGGAUGAAGAGGAGGAGGAAGACAGGAGGUCGAAGACAGGACGAGGAAGAGGGGCAAGAGAAGGGUGGGGACGGCAAGGAGGUAAUCCGAGGGCGAGAUCACAAACGACCUCACGGGCGAGGUCAAAAAACGACCUCGAGGAAACCUGGCACACUUGCCGCAAUCGAGCGCAGAUUCCGCUGAUCGCGGAGAUGGCCACCAAAGUUCAGCCAGCUGUCAGAGGGGCAAUUCCUCCUCACGAUCUGGGCCUUGAUGUGGCGAUGGCGUUCUUAGCUGAACGGCACUGGAGCCCAGUCCCUGCUGCGCGGAGCGCGCCUGGGUCGGCGCCGGAGGCGCCUCUAGGGGGGCCCCCAGUGCCGCUCCAAGAAUCAGCGCGGCACGCCGAAAGUAGAGAUGUUCGUGCGACUUCCUCCUCUUCGAGAGAAGCACGCUUUCCCUGUGAGGCGAUCCCCCCGCAAGAGCCC